CUAGGUUUACACGUUGAUGACGUACUUCCGGUUUUUGCGAAAAAGGUCUAUUCUGUAGUACCUUUGGAAGGACAUCCCGGAAAACCUGUUAGGUGGUGAUGUUGUGGUAAAUCAAGAAUGCAGGGUGGAGAGUAUGGAGAGCUCGGGGGCAGCCUCCCUGCCAUCGCCUCCCUGAACGCGUCCUACUCCACGUCGCUGUCCAUCCCGUCCCCGUACAUGCUGCUGCCCCCUGCGAAGCUCAAGACCAUUUCUGAUGUGCGCCGCACCUUCUGUCUCUUUGUGACGUUUGACUUACUCUUCAUCUCGCUGUUGUGGAUUAUAGAGCUGAACCUGCAUACCUCUGAAUCAAUCUGGGACUGCCUAAAAGAAGAAGUUGGGGAAUACAGCUUUAAGUCUUCCUUCUUUGACAUCACUCUCCUUGCUUUUUUCCGUUUCUUGUGCCUACAAGUGGGUUAUGCAGCUUUCCGGCUGAGGCAUUGGUGGGUUGUUGCGGGUACCACACUCGUCACCACAGUCUUUUUGGUUGCAAAGGUCAUCAUAUCUAACCCGCUGCUCUCCCAGAUUGCUUAUGGUUACGUUUUGCCCAUCACCUCCUUCGUGGUGGCGUGGUUGGAGACGUGGUUCCUUGACUUUAAGGUUCUCACUCAGGAAGCUGAAGAUGAAAGAGCCUACGUAGCAGCAGUGAAUGCAGCUUGCGAGCGAGCGCCCAUGAUUUACCCCCGCGCCGUUUCAGACGGGCAGUUCUACUCCCCACCGGAGUCGAUCGCAGGCUCUGAGGAAGAGUUGGACGAGGAGGGUCUUGGGCGUAAAGCUGUCACUGCUCAGGAGAAGGAGUAUGUCAGACAAGGGAAGGAGGCCAUGUCUGUGGUUGAGCAGAUCCUCACCCAGGAGGAAAACUGGAAAUUUGAGAAAAACAAUGAGAUGGGAGACUCCGUCUACACUCUGGAGAUCCCUUACCACGGAAAAACUUUUAUUCUGAAGGCUUUGAUGCAGUGUCCUGCAGAGCUGGUGUACCAGGAGGUGAUUCUGCAGCCAGAGAAGAUGGUUCAGUGGAACAGAACCGUCUCCGUCUGCCAGAUCCUUCAGAGGGUGGACGACAACACCUUGGUGUCCUACGAUGUCUCGGCUGGAGCAGCAGGGGGCGUCGUGUCUCCUAGGGAUUUUGUGAAUGUUCGGCGAGUGGAGCGCAAACGGGACUGCUAUCUGUCUGCCGGCAUGGCAACCAACCACGACCUCAAGCCUCCUGUCGGCCGCUACGUCAGAGGGGAAAACGGUCCCGGAGGCUUUGUGGUCCUCAAAUCGAGCAGCAACCCGUCCGUCUGCACCUUCAUCUGGGUCCUCAACACAGACCUGAAGGGUCGUUUGCCGCGCUACCUCAUCAACCAGAGCCUGGCAGCCACCAUGUUCGAGUUCAUGUCACACCUACGGCAGCGCAUGGCAGAGAUCCGGCCCUCCCUGCGCUCCCAACACCACGUCUGAAGCAACUGGUGAACUAAUUGAGAGGGGACGUUCAUCUGUUGAACUUCUAAAAGUCACCAUGGUGAUGGAAAUCACUGAGUGGUUUAUCAAAUGUCAGUCAGACGUGAAGCAGAAUCCUGUUAGGAAAGAGACUAUGUUUUUUGUUUUAAUUUUAUCAACCUUUUUGGAUUUUGUGGACCUAUCACUGACAAUUUCACACACUGAGACUCUAUUUGAGGACAUCUCCUUGACUCGAGGUUUUGAUGAGGAUGGAAGACCAGAGCAAAACAGAGCCUUGCAUUAAAUGCACGUGACCAUUUUCAUAUAUUUGCUGCUACUUUAACGUCAGCGUUUGCCUCUACGUGUAUCACCCGCCUUCGCACCGCAAACGUACCUUCAGACGCUGGAUUUGUCUGCGUUUUUUUACACACAGAUGACUCCACUGCACUGUGAUGAGCCAGGCUGGUGCGCUGUUCUCUGCUCACCACUAGAGGGAGACACCUCUGAUCCAGAUGGCCUCCAGGUCUAUCAGCUGGUCAGAUAUGUAAACACAUCUGGUAUUAAGCAACGAUUACUGAGGAAUUUGGAGUUGUGCCCAUUUAAAGUGAUCAAAAGGACAAACGAGGACCCAGUUCUGAAGAUUUAAACUGAUUUUCCGUAGAUCUGUGUCUUCUGUGCCAAUAACCACAAAGUGGCCUGCUCAAUAAACAGCUAUUGCCAGAUUUUCCUUCAGGCUUAAGAAGUGACAUGGAAUCAAAAGUGGCUUUCUUACAUUAUGAUGGAAGAUGGAGUUAAAAGCCUCCAGCUUGACAUAUUUACUGCAAUGAUAUAACUCGCACUAUAUAACUCACACUGUAUGUAAAAACUGAGGUUUAAGCUUUCGUUCAGGUUUCUGGCUUGAUCCAGACUUAGAUUUGUUAUUGUUUGCAGUUAUUCAGAUGAUGUGGUAGCUAUGUGGCUCAGAGAAGUCCCAAUAUGUUACUGAGAUUAACCAGAUGAGGUCAGAUUAGGUAAGAAAGGAAUGUGCAACAGAAAUCAUCUGAAAACGGUUGCCUUCAUUGUUGUAAGCGGGCAGGAGCCUGCUUUUUGUUUUGUAAUUAGCACUUAAUUUGUGUGCAAUGACUCAUCAAACAUGUUCGAGCCAUUACAUCUGACAUUUAUUUCUACAAAGUCUUAACCAGUGUCUUAUUUUGGAAUAAAAUGAAGGAAAUCCUGA